GUGAAGAAAGCAUGGUGGAUGGAGGCUGGGAAUUGAGUUAAUCGUAUUUAUGUUGUGUUUUAUUACCGAUUAUGGCGGAAAAUCUAGAAAAAGUAUUGACAGAUAUUAAAUCGCAACCUUGGAGCUUAUUAACAGUAAAUAAUCAGCAAUUACUUUAUAAAAUAUUAACCGAUUCUAUUUGUUAUUGUAUACUAUUGACUGAUUUGAACAGCAUUUAUUAUGAAUAUUUAUCCGGUUUAGAAAUCGAGAGGAAAUUUUCGGAAAUGAAUGCUGGACUAGAAAUGUCAUUAAGUAGGAUUCUGUUACAACUAAAGAAAGCUUUAAAGGGAUUAGAAAAUGGAGAUUCGCAAAAUCUUUGUGUAACAAGAGAGAACGACGAAUACUUAAUCAAGAUGGAAACUCUGCUGGCCGGAAUACCCUUCUCGUGGACAUUCGCUUUAAAGGAAAACAGGAAUAUACGGAUGAAAGAUCACUUAUUGAUUCCGUGUCUAGGAAUGAUUGCAGAAUUACAACAAAGACAAGCUUGUCUGCUAUCCAUUAUAGAGAAAAAAGAUCUAGAAAUUGAAGAUUAUAAAGAACAAGAAGCCAAAGUAUCUAGAAAAUAUUUGGAGACGAAACCAUUUAAUUCUCAUCAGUUUUUUCAAGAUAGAAAUAAUACAGAGGUAUUAGCUAGAACUAUAGAAGAAUCUUUUAUAAGAGUAUUUAAUGAAGAAAACAAUGACUUGUAUACAUCGGUGGUUUCUGCAUUUAAUGAAGUUGAAGCAAAAGCCGCUCUUUAUGGAAAUGAAACAGAAACAUUAAUGGCAGAAGAGGAUUUAGCCAGACAAACUCAGCCCAUGACUCAAUCAAAAGAAGAACUGAAAGAACAAGAAAAGAAUUUAGAAAUCACUAGGAGAAAGGCAUUGGAAAAGCAAUUAUGUUCGACACCUAAAGCAAAAAAGAAGAAAAUCAAUUUAUGAUUUUAUGUAUAGGCCUCUUCUGUAGGAUUCUCUAUUUGAAACUUGAAUUUGUAAAUACAGUUUUUUUAAUUUACAAUGAAAAUACCUUGAGAUUAAAUAAGAAAAUCUGACUUGAUAAGGCCUUGUUAUUUAACAUAUAUAUAGGGUCCUUGCACGUCCACAUAACUGACAAAUGCAGAUGGCUACAGUUACUAACAUAAAUUACGUGCUACACAAUGAGACCACUUGUGGCACCUCCAGUGAUAAAAUUUAGAAGUUUGCACUCCCUUCUCAAAAACAAUACACAAUACAGGAAAAAAAUCUACUACAAAAUUAUAGACCAUGUAUAAGCAUGAUUUAGUAUGAAAGGACAAACUGUGUACAUGAAGAGCACGAAAUGUAGCGAGAGUGCAGACAGUAAAAUGUGUAUUUCUUGUGUGUUUUUAGAAAAAUAAACAGCCAAAAUUUACAACAGGUUUGUAUUACACUUUUACGACUUGUUUCGGAUUUUGCUAAAUAUCUGUAUUAUGAAAUUUUCGUUAAUUUAUAUUAUUAUUUGUAAAUGUUACAGGCUAAACUAGUUUAUCCUACGCAUGUCAGGAUAUACUAGAUUAUCCUAGGCCGAACUGAUUUAUGUACUACAAAUAGACGCCAGUGUAAAAAAAAUGAUUUUGUGUAAUUCGAAAUGCCACCACAGUACACCCGGUGGUUAAAGUGUACCUAGGUAACCCCAAUGGCGGUGUUUCAAUUAGGUGGUUUGGUUAGAUUAACUACAUUUUUAG